AUGAGCACACUGAGGCGUGCGGAAGCAAAGCCGGUGGCGCUGGACGAGCACAUCUUGAGCCUCUCCGAUGGUAUCAUCGGCACGGUAGCGUUCGGCAACAUCUAUGGCAGUGAUAAGUUCUCCCAAAAUAAUAGUUUUCAGGCAGCGCUCGACGAUGUUAUGGAGAUGCUAUCCAGCUCCGGCUCCUCCGCUGAGGACUUGCUCCCCGGAGUCGUUGGCCGCCUUGUUGACCGCGUAACCGGAUUCAUAGCCCGCCGUGAGCGAAUAUUCACACAGUUAGACGCCUUCUUUGAGAUGGUCAUCGAGCAUCACCUGGACCCUAAGCGUAUGCUGCCUCACAAUGGCGGCGACCUCAUUGACGUCCUCAUCGACCUCUGGAAGAAACCACGUGGCACAUUUAGCUUCACCAAGGACCACGUCAAGGCCGUAAUCUUUUCGACGUUCGUUGCUGGCAUUGACACUAGUGCAGCAACGAUUAUGUGGGCGAUGUCGGAGCUGGUCCGGAAGCCGCGCGUGCUCAAGAAGGUGCAGGACCAUAUUAGGGCCUUGGUGGGAGGCAACAAGAGAGUGGAACCAGAAGACAUGCCCAAACUCAGCUACCUCAGGAUGGUGGUGAAGGAGACCUUGCGGCUGCACCCGGCAGCACCGCUUCUACUGCCAAGGGAGACCAUGAGAGACAUCAAGAUCGGUGGGUAUGACGUGCCGGCCAAGACACGGAUCUAUGUGAAUGCAUGGGCCAUCGGCAGAGACCCGAUAAGCUGGUCUAAUGACCCAGAUGAGUUCAACCCUGAUAGGUUUGAAGUAAAUGACAUAGACUUCAAAGGUGAGCAUCCAGAGCUGAUGCCGUUUGGCGCAGGGCGGCGGAUAUGCCCAGGCAUCUCCAUGGCCAUGGCCACCAUUGAGUUUACGCUCGCCAAUCUGCUCUUCAGUUUUGAGUGGGCGCUCCCAGAGGGGACGACAAUAGAUGAUGUGAACAUGGAGGAAGAAGGAAGGCUCAUCUUGCACCGAAAGGAGCCACUCGUACUCGUUCCCACCUCAUACCACCUCGACCUUUAA